UCCUACCUCCGUGUAGUGCCAUUCCAUUUCUUCUUCACCUUCUCUCUUCGACCAGACCACCUCGUGCUCGUGCGGUCGUGCCCGUGGCCUCCCUCUGACCUCUGUUGAUCCCUUCAACACGUCCGCUAUUUUAACAUUAAUCAAUCUAGUUAAUUACACCUCUUGACUGCUUCUACUCCCGAUAACAAUCACGGACUCCACCGCCUGCUCCUCCUCUUCUCCAACCUCGCGAUCCUGGAAAGUAGAAAUCAACAAACCCCCGUUCUUGAUGCCAAGGUCCUAGUUGGAUCAAUCGAGAGAGGAAGGGGGAUCGUUCUUGGAUAGGAGAAAACAAUUCUAGAGAGAGAGAGAAGGCUAUCCAUCUUUUAAAUUGGGACGACGGGGGCGAGGAGAUGUCUCGGGGCGAGCUGGGGCAGAAGAUCGACUACGUCUUCAAGGUGGUGCUCAUCGGCGACUCCGCGGUCGGCAAGUCGCAGCUGCUCGCGCGCUUCGCCCGCAACGAGUUCAACCUCGACUCCAAGGCCACCAUCGGGGUCGAGUUCCAGACGCGCACCCUCACCAUCGACAAGCGCACCGUCAAGGCGCAGAUCUGGGACACCGCCGGCCAGGAGAGGUACCGAGCUGUAACAAGUGCCUACUACAGAGGUGCAGUUGGAGCUAUGUUAGUAUAUGACAUAACCAAGCGCCAGUCCUUUGAUCAUGUGGUUAGGUGGCUUGAGGAGCUACGUGGUCAUGCAGAUAAGAACAUUGUUAUCAUGCUUAUUGGUAACAAAUCUGAUCUAGGCACGCUUCGUGCCGUGCCAACGGAGGAUGCUAAGGAGUUUGCUGAGCGUGAGAACCUCUUUUUCAUGGAGACCUCUGCCCUUGAGGCCACCAAUGUUGAGAGCGCCUUCAUGACUGUCCUGACAGAGAUUUACCGGAUUGUCAGCAAGAAAAACCUUGUUGCCAAUGAGGAGUCUGAUUCCAGUGGAAGUUCGAGUCUACUGAAAGGAACCAAGAUUGUUAUCCCUGGUCAGGAGCCACCCCCUGCAUCCAAGGCGACAUGUUGUAUGUCCUCCUAGGGAUGAUAUUGUACCAUGUUCUUUCUGGUAGUAGGAGUUUCUGAUUACUCCUGCCAUAUCUGCACAUUGAAUGGCUGGGAUUCUUGGGAGUAAAGAUGAGGUCUACAGGAACAGUUAACUCAUAUAAAUUGUAAUUGUCUCGGGACUGCCCUUCUUUUUGUAUCUAAUAUUGUGAUAUAGUGCAAUUAUUAAGAAUCCUUCUUCCCUUCGGAUAAUAUUUACAGCCUUUUCUUUUUGCUAUAU